GUCUGAGCGGACUCAACGGACGAGCAAGCUCUCUUAGCGGUUAUUCAAUAAUGCACACACUUGAUUUAGGAACGGGUAAUACGAGUCUCAGACCCAUUUCGGAUUUGCCAGAGGCAGUUCAGCCGUGUUUCAGCUUUACGAAAAGUCAGCUGGAAUUAUCUUUGACGGAUCCAAAUAUUGCCGAUCUCGUGGCCAAUAAAACGGCGAGUAAGGAAUUCUUUUAUGGCAUCGAGAUAAUGGCACACAACGAGGGAAAAAUCACGUGUGUGGACUUUAACUUGUUCCUGCCCCUCUUGCCCACCUUCGUCAGCAUCGUGUGGUCGAGACAGUUUUCCGAGUCGAUUCGCAGUUCGACUAUGAAACAGGUGGCCAGCAUGCAGCUUAUUCCUUAUCUGAACUCUCACAUCUCCGCCAUGCCGCACUUGUCGCUUUAUCGCCUAUCCGAAAAAUUGUUGGAUGAGUUCUUGGCCUUAAAUUUUACCAAUGUGCUUGUCGUUCGCGGAGAUCAAACACACGACGAUCAGGAAUAUAAAUAUGCCUAUCAGGUGGUGGAGUACUUACGACGUGCUAGGGGAGAUAAAAUAUCAAUUGCUGUGGGGGGUUAUCCGGAGGGCUACACGAGCCUUACCACCGAACCUCAGGAUAAGGUCCAAAACAUAAGGUUCUUGAAGAGAAAGGUUGAUGCCGGCGCCAAUUUCAUUAUCUCGCAGCUAUGUUAUUCCGGUGAUAAGAUUGUGGAAUUUAUACGGGAUGCUCGUAGUGGAGGCAUUACGGUUCCCAUUUUAAUUGGAAUGGUUGUACCUGACUCCUUUGGGAAAUAUGAGAACCUUGAAAAAAUUACAGGAGUGCGUCUACCUCCUGAAGAACGUGACGAGUUGGAGAAAAUUCAGUACGAUAAUAACAAGGUUAAGGAUUUCUUUGUCCAACUGACGGUGCGCAAUAUUCAACAUGUCAUGGAUGUCGGCUUGGGAAUAUAUGGCAUCCAAUUCUUUACCUUGAAUCGCUUCGAAUCCGUUCUUGAUGUCCUGCGUGAGCUACGUACGCGGAACAUACUCAAGGAACCCUCAACCGGCAAUUCCGUUGAAGCUUAAUUAAUAGAUUUACAUAAUCAAUAUUACCAUAUCUUAAAAAGAAGGUGCAUAAAUAAAGUUACUUAGCAAAAUACAAA